AUGCCGGUAGGGAGAUGGGGGCUCGAUCUGUUCGGCCAGAUCGAGUUCAGGCUAGGGUUCCUCUUCUCUGGUUGGUUCUUCCAGUGGCUGGAGGUGCUGGCGAGGAGGAGGAGCACCAUCUUCGUCAAUAAAGCCGGUGGUCCUGCUGGGGCCGUGCUGAGAAGGAGGAGCUCCUUUCCUUCUCUGCCUCUGUCCUGCCGUGGUGGCGAGGGGAGCCCGCCCCUGCUAUCGCCCCACCCCGCCAGCGCUGCCGCCCGCCUCUCGCCUCGCUCCCGCCUCGCUCUCGCCCCCAACGCGGGCGGUAGCCGGCGGGAGCGGGCGAUACCGCCGGGCGCCCCCGCCGUCGCUUGCCGCUCUCGUCCCGCCCGCGUCCCGCCCGCCUCCCGCCCCGCGCCGGGCGAUAUCGCCCCGCCUAUCGCUCGCAAUGGCACCAGCCUAAGACCGAUCGCGCCACGUCGGCUAGCCGUUACACCAUCUCGCCCGCCUCUCGCCCGCUCUCGCCCGCCUCUCGCCCGCAUAUCGCCCGCAUCUCGCCCGCCUCUCGCCCGCUCUCGCCCGCAUCUCGCCCGCCAGUCGCCUCUCUCUCGCCCGCCUCUCGCCACCCUCUCGCCCCCAGCGCUCUCGCCCCGCCCCGCCAACGCUGCCGCCUCCCUCUCGCCUCCCUCUCGCCCUCGCUAUCGCCCCCAGCGCGCGGGCGGCAGCCGGGCGAUAGCGGGCGCUACCGCCGGCGCCCGCGCCACCGCCCCGCCAUCUCGUCUCGCCCCACUACCGCCCGCCUCUCGCCCCGACGCCGCCGCUACCGCCCGUCCUCACGCCUGCGUUGGCACCAGCCUUACAUGA